AAACAAAACCAGUUUCACAAAACAGACCCAGAGGUCAAAGGGUGUUAGUCCUAAAAGAGCCACAUUGAUGUUGUUGUGGCGAUGUCUCUGGCUGUUUAGAAGAUUGUAGUCUUUCGAUUUCUGUCUUCACGGUCUUGUGUGAUUUCCAGGACCAGAAUCUUAUCCUGACAUGAGGAACCUGAAGCUGCUGAAGAGCCUGCGGAACUCAGAACUGCAGGGUCCGGGAUCCCCCCAGUGUUUCUCUAUCCGGGCGGACACUGGUUCCCUGCUGAUCGCCUCUCAGUUCUCCAUCACAGAGUUUGACCCCCUCACAGCCCAGGUUGUCAGGGAAGCCUCGCUGACAGCCGACGGUUUCCUCUCUGAGGAUGGAAGCGGGGGCGUUGUUGGACUGCAGGACCUGGCGGAGCUUCAGUCUGCUUAUUUGGCCACAGCAGGGGGAGAUGUUGUUCUCUUCAACCUCAACACAGGCCAGCUGGAGUGUGUUGGAAGUGUGGACAGCGGACUCACAUCCAUGAGCUGGAGUCCUGACGAAGAGCUCGUCAUUCUCACUACUGGUCAGGAAACAUUUAUAAUGAUGACCAAAGAUUUUGAGCCAAUCACUGAAGUGGGAAUCCACCAGGAUGACUUUGGUGAAGGGAAGUUCAUCACGGUGGGGUGGGGGAAGAAGGAGACUCAGUUCCACGGCUCAGAAGGAAAGCAGGCAGCACGAAGGAAGGUCCAGGAGGCACAGCCAGCUGUGGCCUGGGACGACCGCAGACCACGAGUCACGUGGCGAGGAGAUGGACAGCUUUUUGCCAUCAGUGCCAUCUGUCCUCAGACUGGAGGCAGAAAGGUUCGGGUCUGGAACAGAGAGGGGGUUCUCCAGGCCACCAGUGAGCCGGUCAACGGACUCGAGCAGGCGCUGUGCUGGAAACCCUCGGGUAGCCUGAUAGCCAGCUCUCAGCGACAUCCCAACAAACACAGUGUUGUGUUCAUGGAGAAGAACGGACUGCUGCAUGGAGACUUUACGCUGCCGUUCAGUAAAGACCAAGCUAAGGUGAAGGAGCUGCUGUGGAACCCCGACUCCACUGUUUUAGCCGUUUGGUUGGAGGAGUUGAGCUGUGGGGACGAUGGCCACGUCAACACUUAUCUCCAGCUGUGGGCGGUGGGAAACUACCACUGGUACCUGAAGCAGAGCCUGGAUUUUGGCAGAGACCCUCAGAAAGCUCCAGUGUGCAUCUGCUGGGACCCAGAGCGUCCCCUACAGCUCCACGUGGUGACCUCCAGCUGGAACAGCAUCACCUACAGCUGGGGCUGGACGACAGAACGAAGCCCCGGGCUAGAUGUCACCGAUAACGCCAGUGUGGCUGUGAUUGAUGGAGGUGAACAGACACAUGACGGAAAAUCAAUAAGUUGUGCUUUAUUUUCUGUAAUCAUACUAACAUUUACCCGACCUUUCUCAGACAAAGUCCUGGUGACAACCUUUAGACAGUGUGUGGUUCCUCCUCCCAUGUGUUCAUUUGAGUUGCAGCUAAAGUCACCGAUCAACCAGGUGACUUUCCUGUGUCGACCUAAGGGGACCAAUCAGAUUGCAGCAUUCACGGCUAAUGGACAAAUCUCAGUCUUCAGUCAAGUUUCAGAAGAACAAGCUGACAAAACAUCAGACGGGUUCAGGGUUGUGUCUCAACCUCUCGUCUUACAGAAAACCUACAGACUGACGCCUGCUCAGGAGCAGCCUCUGGCCCUGCGGCAGCUCCUGUGGCUGCAGGAUGAGCUGUUCCUGGCUGUGGGUGCUGGUCUGCUGCCGACCUCCUCCACGAUCCUGAUGCUUCACCCUAUUCAGGAUGCUGAUGACACACUGGCUGUCAGGUCUGAGAUGGAAGUAGACGGCGUUGUGGUCGGUGUGGCCCACAGUUUCCAGACCGGAACCGUGGCUCUAGAGCUGGAGGACGGGCAGAUAAAGAAACUCCUCUGGGAUUGUCCGGAGCUGUCAGUGGAAGACUGGCGAGACUCGAGCGGCUGUGGCGUCAGCUUCCCUGUUCCCUGCAUCCAGACGGCUCUCUGCAGCAUCAGUGGAACGGAGUACCUUCUGGGGCUGACAGACAGGUCUCACCUGUAUGCUGGAGACACAGAGCUCGCCUCAGGCGUCUGUUCCUUUGCCAUUUGUGACAACUUCCUCCUCCUCACCACACACUCUCACACCUGCCGCUGCCUCCAGCUGAGUGGACUCACAGUCAAAGGUCUGCAGGCUGCUUUGGCGUCUGAUGGAGGUCAGAAUGAUGAGACUCUUCGGCAUGUGGAGCGAGGCUCCAGGAUCGUCACUGUGGUUCCACAGGACACCAGAGUGGUUCUACAGAUGCCACGAGGAAACCUGGAGACCAUCCAUCACAGAGCUCUGGUGCUGGCUCAGCUCAGGAAGUGGUUGGAUGGCUUGAAAUUCAGAGAAGCCUUCGAGUGUAUGAGGAAGCUGCGGAUCAACCUGAAUCUCAUCUAUGAUCACAACCCAAAGGUUUUCCUGGAAAAUGUAGCGAGCUUCAUCCAACAGCUGAACUCCAUCAACCACAUCAACCUCUUCCUCACCGAGCUCAAGGAGGAGGACACAACCAGCAGCAUGUACCCCCGCCCAGAUGGAAGUCCGGUCCAGCCUCAGGCCGCCCCCGGCCAGAAGAAGGUGGAUGUUGUUUGUGACGCUUUACGGACAACCAUGGAGUCAAUGGAUCCGAACAAGUUCAGCUUGUCCAUUCUGACCGCUCAUGUGAAAAAGACGGUUCCUGAGCUGGAGAUCGCCCUGCAGAAGGUUCACGAGCUUCGAGAGAACCCUCCUGAAGCACCAGGUGGUGUGAGCGCUGAAGAGGCACUAAAGUACCUUCUCUUCCUGGUCAAUGUCAACGAUCUGUACGAACACUCGCUUGGAACGUACGACUUUGACCUCGUUCUGAUGGUGGCUGAGAAAUCCCAGAAGGACCCUAAAGAGUACCUCCCUUUCUUAAACAUGCUGAAGAGCCUUGAGCCCAACUAUCAACGCUACACCAUUGACAGACACCUGAAACGCUACAGGAAGGCCCUGGUCCACCUCAGCAAAUGUGGACAGGAACACUUUACUGAAGUUCUGCAGCUGGUGAAGGAGCAGAAGCUCUACAGUGAAGCUCUGAGAUUGUACCCAGCAGAUAGUCCUCAGUACAAAUUUCUGAGUUGUGCGUACGCUGAGCAUCUAGUGGAGCAGCAACGGGCAGAGGAGGGUGGCUUGUUGCUAUGGCGAUGUGGCGAGCCUGUCAGAGCCCUGCAGGCAUUCACCAGCAGCUCCAGUUGGAGAAACGCCAUCUGUGUGGCACAGCAGAUACCACUACCGCCCGACCAGUUAGCGCUGCUGGCCAGAGACUUGGCAGAGAAGCUGACUGAGCAGAGGCGGUACUCAGAAGCUGCUCUGCUGCUGGAUCAGUAUGCCAAAGACUGUGAGGAAGCCAUUUUGGCUCUGAUCACAGGCGGCGUCUGGGAGGAGGCUCUCAGACUGAUUUACAUGCACAAGAGGCAAGAUAUCACUGAAACCAACCUGAAACCUGCACUUUUAGAAGCUUUAAACACUCAGGUGGUCUUUCUGGAGGCUCAGGUAGCAACGUUCACCCGACACAAGAGCCGACUAGCUGUGGUUCGUGAGCAGAAAGAAAAGGCCCGACUGGAUAUGCUUGAUGAAGAUGGUCCAGACUGCCCUGAUGCUGAGCUCUACUCUGAGGCUAGCAGUGUCAUAACUGCUUCCAAAUACUCCCAGAGUAACUCACGCAUCUCCUCGAGGUCAUCGAAAAACCGACGGAAAGCAGAGAGGAAGAAGCUGAGUCUGAAGGAAGGAAGUCCGAUGGAGGACAAAGCUCUAAUGCAUGUCAUCGGUGAAAUCAUCACUACCGUGGACAAGAUGAGAGAGGAGAUCCACGGUCUCCUGAGGGCAUUGGUUCUGUUCCAGUUUGAUAAACAAGCUGAGAAGCUGCAGCGGGUUUAUGACGAAGCUCUGCAGAUGAUGGAGGGAUCAGUUCUUGAGGUGUGGCCCGAAGGUCUGCAGAACACCAGCGCUCCGGUCACUGGACCGAACUCGACAGCAAACAGCAUCAUGGCUUCGUUCCAGCAGCAGCAGAAACCUGCAGCCUCACAGCAGGACGCCGAGGUCCCGGCUGCACCAAAGAUGAGGAACGGUAUCAAGUGGAAACUCACGAUUCUUAAGUGAAUAUUAAACAAAUUAGUCUUGUUUUAAUUUUUUAACUGUACAGUAAAUAUCUGCUGUGUAAUAAAGGUUCAUUUAAUUCA